AUGUUAAUUUAUUGUACAUUGUUUUCUAUAGUAAUUCUUUCUUGUCUCAUAUUCUACAAAAGAUUUACUCUCUCAAAGAAAAGAGCAUAAAGAAAGCAAUAAGAGUAUUUUGAGACUGGACUCUCCAAAUAAACAGUGGCAUUUCUGCAUCCCCAUUGUAAUGCAGGAGGAGGAGGGGAGAAGGUUUUAAUGUGCAUGAUCGAAAAAUUGUAAAAAACAUAAAAACACAACAUCGUUGUAUAUUCUGCAGAAGAAGUUGAUGAUUAAUAAAUUAUAGAAAAAGCCAAUACAAGAUUCAGCACACAUAUAACUAAUCAGGAUCUUAAAUUUAUUCCUAUCCUAAAUAAAUAGCUGCUUGAGCCUAAGAAGAGGUUCACUUUGUUAUUGUAGAUUUUUGGGCAAAUGAGAUAUGCUUUGAAAUGCGUUAAUAGUUUCUAACCAGAUAUAUUUUUGGAUUCGACAGGAUUGCCAUUUACAUUUUUUAUUGUUAAACUCCUAUUGCCUAAUGUAAGAGUGAUCGCCUAUGUUCAUUAUCCAUUUAUCAGUACAGAUAUGAUAUCCCAGGUGGAGAAGAAAGAAGCAAGAUACAAUAAUGAUGAUGAAAUAACAAAAUCGGAAGGGAAAACAAAGUUAAAGUUAUGGUAUUAUAAAUUUCUAUUCUUCUUUUACUCCCUCUGUGGGAAGAUGACAGAAUUUGCAUAUGUGAAUUCAACUUGGACAUAUAACCAUAUGAAAUAGACAUGGAAAUCCACUUAAUUAAUCAAAUUAUUCCCACCAUGUUAAGUAGAUGCAUUUAUGAGGAGAAAACAAUUUACAAACUAAUUCAUUAUUAUUUCAUUUGCGUAGUUCAGACCAGAGAAACAACAUCUAUUGUAGAUUGAGAUCAUUGAAGCCUUAGUUGACAGAUUACCUUCUGAAAUUUCACAAUCUAUAAAAUUAUAUAUGAUUGGAUCUUGCAGGAAUGCAGAUGAUGAUCUAUUAUUUGAAACCAUCUAGGAUACGAUAAACAAAAAGAAUCUUCAAGAUUAUAUUAGUAUGCAUAAGAAUUUGCCCUUUCAAGAUAUUCAAAAGUUUCUGACUUCUGGAAUGAUAGGUUUACACACUAUGGAAUAUGAGCAUUUUGGAAUUACUUUAGUGGAAAUGCUAGCUGCUGGACUUAUUGUGGUAGCCCAUAAUUCCGCAGGACCUAAAUUAGACAUUUUGGCUAAUGAUGUUGGAUUUUUGUGUGAAAAUCUUGAAGAUUAUGUGUUGUCUAUUGUAAGAAUUAUGCAAUUAACAGAUGAAGAUAGAAGCAGAUAUCAAUUGAUGGGUAGAAAAUAAGCAGUUAAUUUUAGCGACGAGUCAUUUAAGGAUUUAUUUAAUAUUUGA